AUGGUUCUCCCAACAAACGCGUCAUAUCUCGCAGAGGACGGCCAUAUUUCGUCCCCCCGCCCGUCGUCUUUGCGAUUGCCCGUCAUCUUCCGCCGGCUGCACAGACUGCAACAGAUGGAUUUUGAACUAGCAGCCUGGCAGUUGACCUAUCUGUGUCUUGCGCCGCGGAGAGUAUACCGCAAUGUGUACUUUCAUAAACAAACCAAAAAUACAUGGGCAAGAGACGACCCAGCAAUUCUGGUCCUCAUUGGAGCUUGUCUGUGUGUGUCGGCUAUUGCAUGGAGUGUCGUCUACUCGUACGGUCUCAUGGAGAUGUUAAACUUAGCACUUUUUAUGAUUUUGAGGGACUUCCUGCUGUCAGGCAUUCUCGUGGCGACUAUCAUAUGGCUAACUGCAAAUGGCUUGCUUCUUUCCCCUCCUUCUCAUUCAACACCGGCGGAUUCACGAGUCGAAUGGGCAUAUGCCUUCGAUGUCCACACCAACGCCUUCUUUCCACUGUAUCUCACCCUUUAUCUCGCCCAGCUUCCCCUUCUUCCUAUCAUCCUAAAAGAGAACUGGGUAUGCCUAUGGGUUGGCAACACGCUCUACCUUGCCGCGUAA